AGGAAACACGGAGGAGCAGCGAGUGACGAGGGAAAUUCCUAUCAACAUGGUUGCUGUCUACGAUGAGGAGGGCAAUGCUUCAGAUCAUGUCAGCCUUCCCGCCGCUCCUGGUGCAAGUCCAAGAUUCUUUGCUGCGGACUUUGGAGCGGAUCCCGUGAGUCAGAACCGAACAGGAAGAGGAAGAGUGGAAGAGGAAUUGAAAAUGUUGAACUGGUACAAGCUUGCCAACGAAGCGGCAAUGAAGGCAGCGCUUGUGAAGCAGAAGAGAUUCAAGGAGGUUCCUCGUUACAAUCCUGCUGCUGAGAGAGUGAGACAGAAGUCCGUGUGGUUGAAAGAGAUCUCGGCUUCUGUUGAAAACAGUCCACUUGAGCUCCCAGUUGAUAAAUACCGGGAGCUGUUGAACAAGGAGGCUGAAGAACGACAAAAACACCAACAGAAAGCUGCUGAAAGGCACGAGAAAAUCCUGAAGCUAAAGCAAGACCUCGAGGCCAAGGAGAUGAGACGUGUAAGGUAUCGCAGGUUUCUUGCAGAGCAGGAGAAGCAGAAGAAAGCUAGACUAGGACAGGCCGACGGGCUACAAGCCAUCUAUGGAACAGAGUUUCAUCAAAACCCUGAAGAUAUUGGGAUGUCACCGGAUGCUGUAAACAAUAUCAGGAAAUUAGAGAAGUUGGAAGAGAGAGUGGCUGCCAUCAUGAAAGACGAGCAGACUGUGAAGGAGAAUGCUGUCACCCUUGGCCUCAACCAGGCAAGGGACGUGGGUUUCAUCAACAGCACAUCGAGCAGCGAGAUUGAUGUCAACACAGGACAAUUCAAGUUCGUCAAGAGGAGGACAGAAGCAAAGCUGAAUCAACCGAGCCAAGUCUUUUACACAGCCAAAAUCAUUCCUCCUAACGAUGAGCGACGAGAGGCUCUCACUCUCAGAGACGAGUUCUCGAAACAGGACUUGAUAGGUUUUCAAUUCCUAUCCCGCAACACCAGCGACCCGUACCGAGCCGUGCAGUCUCAGAGGAGCACGAGGAAGAGUCCGAGCCUGUACAGCGACCAAAAGCAUCGAGCGUUCUCUGCGGGGGAUGCGCGAGAGCCAUCUAAGGACGAGAUUCGUGCAAUGCUGCAUGCUGAGAGCGCUCAGAAGCGGCAAGAGCGCGAAGAACAGAAGCAGAAGGACCUGAUGGAGGCGGAGAGGGUGGAUGAAGUCAUCAAAGAAUGGCUACGAGGAAGGAACAGGAGGGCUCUGAAGAGAGAGAAGAAAGUACGAGACAUGAUGAGGAAUGAUCGUCGGUUCCUUUCUCAGCUUCAGGUCAACAAGGACGCGCGCGAUGCUGCACAACCCGCAGCCGCCAGCUCUCCCAUGCUAUCUGCACAAGCAGAGCCCUCUAUCUCCACGACAGAUUUCAACACUGAUGACAUCGACAAAAAACUGGAGGUGCUGCUGGAGCAGCAAAAGGAGAUGGAGAAGUGGAAACCGCCGGUGUCAAGACGAUGAAGCCUGCGAGUAUGGUGGACGCCUGUUCCCGUCCUUUGUGGGACGACAUUAAAGUUGGACAAGUUUCAGGGGCUUCCUACUUGAUGCCGUAGCUCAACCGAUUGUUAUCUCGGCCUCUAGUCCAACUAAUAGACAACAAGAC